AUGUUUGCUUUCCUGGGGUUGAUGGUAUCCCUGCUGGCCCUUGGAACUGGUGCCCCAAUCCAGGAAACAAGCACCCGCAAGAAGCUCCUACUGGUUUCCUUUGAUGGUUUCCGGUGGAACUAUGACCAGGAUGUUGAUACCCCCAACCUGGAUGCCAUGGCAAGAGCUGGGGUGAAAGCACGUUACAUGACUCCUCCCUUUGUUACCCAGACAAGCCCAUGUCACUUCAGCCUUCUCACAGGAAAGUACAUUGAGAACCACGGGGUGAUUCACAACAUGUGGUUCAACACCAGCACUGGGCAGAAGCUUCCUUAUUACAACACACAGGGGGUUUCUUCCUGGUGGGACAACGGCAGCCUCCCUAUCUGGAUCACAGCACAAAGGCAGGGUUUGAAGACAGCCUCACUUUUUUUCCCUGGGGGGAAUGCCACAUACCAGGGGGAACAGGUGAACAUCAAGAGAGUGGAAGGUCUCUUUCACAAGUACAACAAUGAGACCGAGUGGAGGCAGAACAUUGAUCUUGUCAUGAAGUGGUUCACCAAAGAAAACCUCGACUUCGUUGCCCUUUACUUUGGAGAGCCUGACUCCACGGGACACAAAUAUGGCCCAGAGUCUGAGCAGAGGAAAGAAAUGGUUAUUCAAGUAGACCGGACGGUUGGUUACUUGAGGCAAAGCAUUGGGGAACAUGGCAUGGACUCAACCCUGAACUUGAUCAUCACAUCUGACCAUGGCAUGGAAACAGUAAUUAAACAAGAUGAAAUUCAACUCCGAGGCAUGGCAAACUUCUCUUUCCAGGACAUCCAGUUUGAGCUGGUAGAUUAUGGACCGCAAGGGCUACUGCUGCCAAAACCAGGGAAACUAGAGAAAGUUUAUGAGGCCCUGAAAGAUGCUCAUCCCAAGCUCCAUGUCUAUAAGAAAGAGGAAUUCCCGGAGAGAUUUCACUAUGCCAACAACACCCGGAUCACACCUCUCGUGUUGUACGGUGACCCUGGCUAUGUCAUCCAUGGGAGAAUCAAAGUGCAAUUCAACAAAGGGGAACACGGCUUUGACAAUGAAGCGAUGAACAUGAAAACCAUUUUCCGGGCUGAAGGACCCGCCUUCAAGAGGGAUCUACAGGUGGAGCCUUUUGACAGCGUGAAUGUUUAUGCCCUCCUUUGCGAACUCCUGGAGAUCACACCUGAGCCCCACGAUGGAUCCUUGAAUGCUACGUGGCACAUGCUGCGCAAGUCUACAGGAGAUGAUCAGAUUACAGAAGAUGAUCAGAUUUCUUCUCCUUCGACUUGGCAACUGGCAUUGGUGCUGAGCAUAGUUGCAUUUGUGGGAUGUGUGAUUGGGGUCGCUUGCUAUGUGCUCAUAUGA